CAGGAAAGCCCUUCCGUAUCUGGGCAAAACUUGGAAAUAGUCUGUGGUUCAUAUAUCUAUAUAUGCUUAGCCUGAAUCUUGCUCUUUAGUGCUGGUGUGUUUAACUCAAGAGUGAAAUGGCUUUCUCAGCAACAGCUUAUUAUUGGCUUCUGGUUUCAGUUCUGAUUUACAUCUUUGUUUCCUCUUGCAAAUCCGGACUAGCAUUCGAAUAUCCCCAUCUUGGUGCUGCAGGAGUAGUUGCAAACGAGUAUUUGCCUCGAGCAGAAAAUGAAGGAGAAACAGAUCAGUACUUUCCUCAGGCCGGAAUCAUAGGCACCACUCCUCUCAUUUUCAGCAAAGCCCUUGAAUGUCUUAGUGACAAAUAUAUAUACAGCAGCUGUGAUGAAGCCCACAGGCUCACUCAAAGUGGAGAACUGAAUGUGCCACCGGAGUUCACAGAUCAAUACUGCAACGGGCCAUGCCUAACUGAGACGAGCCACGUGCUAGACUGUAUCAACGGAAUCUUAAAACAGUUUGUAUUCAUCAACAGGGCGACAGUGAAUGAUGUACGAGAAGCGAUUGAGGGUGGAUGUAGCUACGGACCUAAAAGAGGUAACUUCAAUGUGAUUGAGCAUAUUCAAGCUGAUGAUGCUACCAACAAGAUCGUGUCCAAACCUGUAAUUUACGCACUUGUGCUGAUGGUCAUUGGGUGGAGAAUGUUGUUCUAAUUUAUGUUAGGUUUGAGUGUUGGACAGUUUCUUUAUUUUGCAUGAGAUGGAAAUAUAUGUAUACAUUCCAUGAGAUGGAAAUAUAUGAUAUUCUCCAUUUGAAAUUAAAGGAAAAUAUGAAAAAGAUAAUUUCCGUA